AUGUCUUUCUCACAGCUUUUGAAAGCUCAUUUCAAUGAAUACCUGGCGGCGCUGGCUGUUGCUACUGCGUUAUUCAUGAUAUUACUAUGCAUGAGCUGGAGUUCUCCAGCCCUGCCGAAGCUAUUGGCAGAGGACUCACCUAUCCCUAUCACCCCUGACGAGGGAUCCUGGAUAGUGGCGAUUAUUUCGAUAGGACUGAUCCUAGGACCGUUUGUAGCCGCGAAGGCAGCCGAUAGGAUCGGUCGAAAACGCACCUUGCUGUUUUCUGCCGUUCCUAUUAUGGCAGGAUGGCUACUGAUGGCGUUUGGCAACACGGUUCUAUGCUUAUACUUGGCACGAUUUUUGUUUGGAUUAUCUUACGGAACGGUGUUCUCCGUGAAACCUUUGUAUUUCGGUGAAACCUUCUCACCGAAUAUCCGUGGUUCAGCAGUGAUUCUGUCUGGAGUCUGUGGCAAGCUGGCAGCAAUAGUGAUGUACGGGAUUGGCCCACAUGUUGCAUUCAGGACUCUGGCUUGGAUUGGUAUGAUUGGUCCGAUCGUAUUUGUUCUUUCCUUCAUGUGGAUGCCCGAGUCUCCACAUUUUUUGCUGAGUAAAGGAAAAUUCAAGGAAGCUGAGAGUAGUUUAUUGUGGCUUCGCCGUUCCAGCAAUGUGACCAAGGAGCUCGAAGUGAUGAAAGUAUUUGUGCAACGUUCCAACCAUGAAAGCGGUUCAUUCUUGAGAAUGUUCGCUCCCGUAUAUCGCAAAAAUAUACGCAUCAUGUGCAUCAUAUAUUUUGGGUUGACCUUUACUGGUGUGUUCAUGAUCAAGGCAUAUGCUCAAACAAUCUUUAUGAAAAUAUCAAGCGACAUAGAACCCGCUGAGAUGUCGCUUAUCCUUGGAGUCAUCCAGGCUUUGGCCACCGUGAUUACAUUCCUGACCAUCGAUCGAGUAGGCCGACGGCCAUUGUUGCUCUUUUCGGCAACCGGAACCACACUGGGACUUUUGGUGGUCUGUGUGUAUUUUGCAACUUCCUCGGAGAACGAUGCACCAUUCUUGGGCUGGAUGGCAUUCAUCGCACUGCUGGUGGUUGUCGCAUCGUUCGAUAUGGGGUUGCUCGUUAUUCCUCCCAUUUAUGGUGCUGAAGUGCUUCCGAGACCGAUCCGUGCAUAUACCAACGCUACCAGUACCAGUGUCUUAGGUUUGGCACAUUUCAUGAACCUAAAACUGUUCCAGGUCUUAACGGACUACGUUGGUACUUAUGUUCCGUUUGCGGGAUAUACCGUGGCCGGGUUGAUUACAGGUGUAUUGAUCUAUCUAUACGUGCCAGAGACGAAAGGAAUGUCUUUGGAAGAUAUUGAACAGAUGAUUGCAAAAGGGCAAGUGAGAGCGGAGAAACGUGUGAGUGAUGUGGAAUUACGCAAAGACUGA